AAUACCCUAAUCCUCCUCUUUCGGCAGGCGAAGUGACCGAGCUCGAGGCGACGUUUGGCGAAGAUGCAGAUCUUCGUGAAGACCCUGACGGGGAAGACGGUGACGCUGGAGGUCGAGAGCAGCGACGCCGUCGCCAACAUCAAGGCCAAGAUCCAGGACAAGGAAGGGAUCCCGCCUGACCAGCAGCGCCUGAUCUUCGCCGGGAAGCAGCUGGAGGACGAGCGCACGCUGGCCGACUACAACAUCCAGAAGGAGUCGACGCUGCACCUGGUGCUCCGGCUCCGCGGCGGCGGCGGCAAGGGCGGCACCUACCCCAAGAUCGACCUCAACCUCCUCCAGCUCGCGCUCAAGUACCGCCAGCACAAGAUGAUCUGCCGCAAGUGCUACGCCCGCAACUCCAGCAGGGCCGAGAACUGCCGCAAGAAGAAGUGCGGGCACACCAACGAGCUGAGGCCAAAGAAGAAGCUGGAUGCCAAGCGGGAAUGAAGCAACAAUGGAAGGUCACCAUAAGAUGAUAAUUUACCCCCAAGAGUGAAUUGAACCAGUGGAUAAUAAGAGUUAUUUGUUAGUCCUAGAAGAGUUUUACUUUUUCCGGUUGUGUUGAAUCUUUCUGACUCUCUAUAGAGCGCUUCGUUAUAAGCGUUGGAAAGUUACUAUAAGCGUUGAAUUUUACCCCAAGAGAGUAUCUUCAAUUCAAGCAAUUGUCCUGCCAGAGUACCAGCUUGUCUCUCAACGAGGGCAGAGAUAUUGCA